GUGAGUGGAAAUGUGUUAAUUAAAAGAACAAACACAUCCGUAACAUCUAGGGUGUAAUGGCAUCCUAUUGAUGUGUGGAGCGAGCCGAUUUAAUAUCGCUCCGUGCCGAGAGAGCAAAAAAAAAUUAGUGCCCGAGUGAGCUAAUGUUUGCCAAAGCAGUAGAUCAGAAAAUAACAACCUCUUCGUGUUGUUUAUUUGCACCUGCCUAAUUCAUUAUUUCUUAAAUAAUACUGUUUAAAAGGUGUUUUUCGAACAAAAAGCCUGAACACUGGAUUUUCUUGCUCCAUACCCUUUAUUAUGUUAAUUUCAUGGUUGAUUCAAAAAUAAAUAGCUUCUACUGGGAGUUCACGCUCUAACGCUUACUGUGUCUUGUUUUUUUUCUUUUUUCUUUUCUCUCUUUUUGUGAAGGUCACAUGCAGGCGUCUGCAGAUUCCCGAGCUGGGAAUUAUGGACUGGGGAGAGAGUGAUAAUGAGGCCAACGAUUCUCCCAAAGGGCCAAGCAGUCGCAUGCCAAACCCUCUGCGCUUGUUCUCUAGAGGAUAUCGCGCUCUCAAGAGCAGCAUGAGACAGAUGACAUAUUUGGAAAAAAUGGAGGACUCGUGGGACUGGUUAUCUAACCAGACAGCUGUUGGGGAGGCGCAAAGCAGGACUAAACGCAGACCCAUCGUGAAGACGGGAAAGUUCAAGAAAAUGUUCGGCUGGGGAGAUUUCAACUCCAACAUCAAGACAGUCAAGCUGAACCUCCUGAUCACGGGGAAGAUAGUGGACCACGGGAACGGGACGUUCAGCGUCUACUUCCGGCACAACUCCACCGGUUUAGGGAACGUCUCGGUGAGUCUGGUACCACCGUCCAAAGUGGUGGAGUUUGAAAUGGCGCAACAGAACACAGUGGAAACCAAGGACGCUAAAUCCUUUAACUGUCGAGUCGAGUACGAAAAAACGGACCGGAACAAAAAAUCCGGGAUGUGCGGCUUCGACGUCUCGAAAACGUGCUACCAGGAGCAGACGCAGAGCCACGUCUCGUGGCUGUGUUCCAAACCGUUUAAGGUCAUAUGCAUCUACAUCUCUUUUUACAGCAUCGACUAUAAACUGGUGCAGAAAAUCUGUCCUGAUUAUAAUUACCACAGUGACACACCAUACGCCUCCACGGGAUAAUCUCACCACCUGAACUUGACUCAAACCAACCUGGGCCAAAUAUGCAGCCCAAACCAGGCCCAUUACUCACCA